AUGGGAAAGUUAAGGCACGGUAGAGUAGGGUAUUGCACACUAGGCAAGAGUAGGUAAGAGAAGUCCGUUUGAGGCAGGAUAGAGCAAAGUAGAGUAAGAUAAAGCAGGGCCGGGCAUUGUAAAGCCGGGUAAAGCAAGGUAGAGCAGAGUUUAGCUAACCAGGGAAGGUAAACGCAAAAUACAGGAGAGUACAGUAGAUAAGAAAAGACAUAUCAAACUUUUUUUAUUUUUUGGUAAGGGGUCAGUUUGGCACGCCAGGCAGACUUAACUAAUUUUUUAUCAUUGUAUGCCUUGUCUACUACAAGAUGCAGUCGAUUAUACUAUCUUAUUUUGAAAUUAUUAAAAUUUUUUUUAAAGUAAUUUAACUGUCAAAACACGCUUUUCGUCUUUGAUCGUGAAACUUAACCAGAAGACUUCGCCCUCUAGUACUUUCUAAAAAACAUUGUUUUAUGAUUUCACCCCAACAUUAUAGUAAACUACAUUUGUUUCGGCUUAAGAAAUAUCAUUUGUACUAAUGUAUAUUCAUAAGACUUUGCAUUAGCUCUCGUUUUCACUUAACUUAAUCAAAUUCACCGCCACUUUUGUUCUGCUGAAUUAAUUUGCAUUUUUUCACCAGAAACUUUCGCCGUUUUUAAGUCCAAAUCCACGUUUCUAAUUUCUUAAAAAUUUCGAGAAAACCCAGCCAGCCAUCCGCCGAGCAGCCACAGGAGAACGACCAGCACAGUGCGUUCCACACCGAUCAGCCCUCAACGUCGGAUUCGAAGGCUUGGCUACGGGGCAAACAGGAGGAACCCGACGCCGAAGCCGAUUGGAGAAGUGCGCAGGUUGGGGACACAUUCAACAAACAUUCACUCAAUCACGGUCAAGACGCGUGGGAGACACGGCAGCCACGGCUUGACUACGGCCAUAACGGUAGGGUGAAAGAUAAUUGUUAUGGGUAAGGUAGGGUAGGGUAGGGUAGGUAGGGUAGGGUAGGGUAGGGUAGGGUAGGGUAGGGUAGGGUAGGGUAGGGUAGGGUAGGGUAGGGUAGGGUAGGGUAGGGUAGGGUAGGGUAGGGUAGGGUAGGGUAGGGUAAGGCAGGAUAGGGUAGGGUAGGGUAGGAUAGGGUAGGGUAGGGUAGUAGGGUAGGGUAGGGUAGGGUAGGGUAGGGUAGGGUAGGGUAGGGUAGGGUAGGGUAGUUUAGGGUAGCGUAGGGUAGGGUAGGGUAGGGUAGGGUAUUUUGUGUUUUAGAUUUUUAAAUUUAUCGAUCAGUUGACAAUAUUUUUUACAUUUUUUUAUAUUUCAGCAUACCCAGUCGAACGCUCCUUCCGCCAACCACCUACAACAGUCAGCACAAGUGCAGCGAGAGCCGCGAACUCGGCCGCUUCGGCGGCGGCCGCCGCCAGCCGGCGUUUCGGCGGCUCGUCCGAAGCCGCUGACGACUUUGUCGACUCGACCGAGCCCUUGCUUGAUCUCAAAUCUUGUUUCAAAGGACCUCAUUGGUAAGUAUAAAUUUAAAAAAAUUUAGUUUAAGACAUAAAAAUUUAUAAAAAAAAUUAAAUUUUAAAAAAUUAAAAUCAAAAAAAAAAUUUUAAUUCAAAAAUUUUAGUCUGCGCGCCCUUGCGAGCGCAGCAGCCGCGGCAGCAGCGACGCGACAGCCAAACUCACAACGAACGUCGUUUCCACGUUUGAGUGGCGACGACGGCAACAUCGAAACGCUGGCGCGCUUUCACGACCAUAAUCUUCCAUUAGACGGGAUGGCUAGUCUGGAAAGCCUCAUCGGGUAG